AUGGCUAAUGCAAAUCUUGAAUCUGUACGAAAAGAACUUUUAAAGGCUGAAAAGGAAGUGGAUGUAAAUAUUUAUGAAUCAGAGGAAUUUUCGAGAUUAGCAUUUGUUUAUGAAUCAGAAAUCAAAAACAUUCUUUCAAAUCACGGAGAUAUUUUAAUUGUUGUUAGAGCUAUAUCUGGGAAUGCUGGUCAAUUCCCUGAAUUAGUAGAGGUAAUAAUAAUAGUAUUGGAAGAAGAAUAUGAAGUAG